AUGGAAGAAGAAAGGGCAAACUCUCUGAACCGAACGAAAUGCCCCAGAAUGCUAGACUUCUAUGCGCCACUCUUAUCAAUCAGACGCCCUAGUGGCUGCACAAAUAAUUCACAACCCAAUUUGCAAGAUGCGGGUCACAGUAUUCCAUUCUGUUGGGAACAGGCUCCAGGUAGGCCUAAGGACUCUCAGAAAAGCCCUGAAAGUGACACCCCUCGUCUAAGAUUGCCACCAGGCAGAUUGCAUCCACACAAACAGGUCUCUUCUAAUCAAGAUUUACAUGAUCUUGAUCGGGACGAUGGUUGUCAUGGUGAUGCCGACGAUGAUUACGACGACAUUUUCUCCAAUGCCAUGGACGUUUUCUCACUAACAGAGGCCAUUGACAUUGCUGAAAAAGCUGAACAAAGUCACGGAUUAGAUGGGUUCGAUGUGGAAAACAAUGACAGUAUUUCUCCAAGUUAUAUUAUCGAGCGGUUUCUUCCGGAUGCUAUAGCGUUGGCAGCAUCUUCUGUUAUGAAUAUUUCGAGAAACCUGAGCAAGAAACUACCGUACGUGUGUAAAAAUCCGGAGGCAUGUGUUUCAGAGGCGGUGAGAAGUUCGUACUCUCUGCGAAAGAGUUGUGGCCUGGACAAGUUUCUGCCAUGGCGAAUGAAGCACAGACUUUGCGGUAUAAAAAGCCCCGUUAGGCAAGUUUAUUCUGCAAAUGUUCAAGUGAAACCUCAAAGUAGGGUAAAAAACAAACGUAGCAUAGUUAGACCUUUUGGAGAUCAUGUAAAGAAACAUUCUGGAUGUAUAUCUUAUAGUACAUGA